UCCACGAGAUGCAGGAGAAGUUCCCCAUUGUUGUCCUGCUGGCAGCCGGACUGUUGGAUUUGUCUGGUGCCUCCAGGAGCAGCCCUGGGAUGCUGGGGCCGAGCUCUGCCCAGAGCAGCCCCGUGCCCAUCACCAAGGGUGGCUGGGGGACACCCCAGGACCCUCCCCAGGGCACAGCUCUCUCUUCCCCUCCUGUCAUCAAGCACAGGGAGGUUCCAAGUCCCAAACCUUCUCCUCUGACCCCAGCGCUGGGUUUUCACCCAAGGAGAGAAACGGCAGCAUCUGCAUUUGCCCCCAGAGCUGGGAUUUCUCUGGGAGGAGCAGGGGAGGCCUGGCUGCCCACGGGAACGCUUCCCACUGGGAAAAGGGCCCUGGACACGAUCCCUGCAGCCCAGCCUGACCCCGGGGCAGGGGUGGAUGCUGCAGUCACAACUUCUGCAAUCCCAGCACAGCCAGCUCCAGGGGCCCUGGGCUCAGGCUAUGCCAGAACAGCACAGGCCAGGCCCGUUGGGUUUCCCCCUCUUGUGUCUCUGCAGCAGGAGACCACAGGCAGCAAAGGCAGCAGCUCAGCCUCAGGUGGAACAAUCGGUUCUGGACACCCAGCCCAGCUGCCUGCUCCUCACUCCUCCCUGCCAGGCAGCGGAAAUUCUUCAUUCUCCAUGGAAGCUCUGGCUCCUGAUGAGCUCCUGCCAUCUCCAUUCCAAACUGGCACAAGAGAUGGACCACAGCCCCUCUCUUUGCACAGGGCUCCCACCUGCACCCACGUUCCCCCAGAGAGCAACAGGAGCUCUCAGGAGAUGGCAGCUCUGGCUCUGCAAGGAGAUGCUGCUCCUUGGGCAGCGACAGGGAGACCUGGAAAAUCUCUCUCCCCUGAGAGCCCACAGCCUUCUCUGAGCUCAUCCUCAUUAAUCCAGUUGUGGAUUUCCACAUUUAAACCUUCCCCAACUACUAAAGACCUCAAAGAAACAUCUGCCCUCUCCCCAGGAAUGCCCAGCUUUGGGAAUGGUGACCUCCAGCCCUGGGAUUCUGUCCCAGCACUGCUUCAGCCUCCUGGUGCCUCUGCUCCUGCUGGUGCUGGGAUGCAGCCCAUGAGCCUCCACACCCCGACCAGCUCACCCACAUCUCCUGGCUCUGGGCCCCAGCUCCAAGGAGCUUCUGCCCCUCCUGUGCCUCGGGGAGCUUUGGCUGGGAUGCUGCAGGUGAGCACAGGGAGAAGAAGCAAGCCUGGUUCUCCUCCACUGUCCCCAGCAGCCAGCCCUGUCCCCAAACCUGGCUCUCCAGUGCUGUCCCCAGCUGCCAGCCCUGUCCCCAGCCCCUCUGCAGCUCACAGCCACAGGGACCAGGGAAGCCAUCCCAGCUCCACUACAGCACUUCCCACUCCAUGGGUGCCCCGUGAGGUCCCAGCAGCCCUGGCACAGGCUCUGGUGCAGCAGUUCAGGAUGUCCCUUGAUGCAGCUGCCAAGAACCUCAGCACAGUCAGAGGUGACCCCCUGACCCUGCUGCCCUCGUCCCCACACUUGUCCUUCGUGCUGAAGAGCACUGAUGGCAUGAUCUGCCUGCAGCCCAUGCAGGAUUCCCCUCUCCCUGCAGAAUUCCCAAAUUCCAGCCUUGGGGGGCUGCUUUCCAUCCAGGAAAUCCUGGCAGCACCCAAUUCUUCAGCGCUGGAGCUCGCAAACUUCCACCUGAGCCCUUCCAGCUUGGUCCUGGUCAGGCCUGUGUUUGUCCUGCUGCCCAGUGACACAGCACGCUCCCAGGUGCUGCCCUCUCCUCUGGGUGACCACAGCAUGGCCCAGCUGGCCACAAGUGUGGGCACAACCAGGAGCAGCCAGGACAUCCCAGUGAAAACCAGUCCCUCUCAUCCCCCUGGGAUAUCUGUGGGACCUGGGACUGCUCUGUCCACUGUGUCCAAGCAACAAGCAGAGAGAGCAAAAGUAAAUUCUGAGCCAGUGCCAGCAAAUCCUGUUCCUACAGCCCUCAGGGGCUUGUCCCCAGCUGUCACCUCAGCCCCAGGGCAUGUGCUGGACCCCAGGACAAGCCCCACAGUGCAGACCAUGCCCAGGCUGCCUGAGGAGAUGCAGAUUCCUGCUCCCCAUCCCCAGCAGGCCACGGGCACUGAUUUGCUCUCCUUGUCAGCAGAGCCUGGCACCUCCCCUGUGCCACCAGAGCUGGUGUCCACUCAGAGCCUCCAACCUUCCCCCAAAGUGUAUUUCAGCACUGAAAGGCCACAGUCUUCAUCUGGAGCUCCUUUCCUGGCAGCAGGGGAACCCCAGGGGUCCCCAGAGCCUGCCCAGGACCAUCCCAAAGCCAGCCGGGGCACUCCUCUCCCUGCAGCCAAGGGUGUCACCUCUCCCCUCAGAGAGCUGCUGCCCCUGCCCAGCCCAGCCCUGCAGCCUGACCCCAGCGUGGGGCUCAGCUCCUCAGGGACCGGGGAGGGGGCAGCAAGGGGAGGUGCAGCCCCCACUCAGGCACCCGUGUCUGCUGCACGCCCAGCAUCAGCCAGACUCCUGCUGGAGGAGGUGUCCCACCCUCUGGAAAACGUAUCCCACCCUCUGAAGAAUGUAUCCCACCCUCUGGAGGUAUCUCAUCCUCUGGAGAACAUAUCUCACACUCUGGAGAACAUAUCCCACCCUCUGGAGAUCAUAUCCCACACUCUGGAGGUAUCUCACCCUCUGGAGAACGUAUCCCACUCUCUGGACGAGGUAUCCCACACCCUGGAGAACUCAUCCCACCCUCUGGAAAAUGUAUCCCACCCUCUGGAGAAGGUGUCCCACCCUCUGGAGAACAUAUCCCACUCUCUGGAAGAGGUAUCCCACACCCUGGAGAACUCAUCCCACUCCCUGGAGAAUGUAUCCCACCCUUUGGAGAAGAUGUCUCACCCUCUGGAUAACAUAUCCUACUCCCUGGAAAAUGUAACCCACGCUCUGGAGGUAUCCCACCCUUUAGAGAAUGUAUCCCACCCUCUGGAGAUAUCCCACUCCCUGGAGAACGUAUCCCACCCUCUGGAUGAGGUAUCCCACCCUCUGGAGGUGUCCCACUCCCUGGAGAAUGUAUCCCACCCUCUGGAUAAUGUAUCCCACCCUCUGGAGGUGUCCCACCCUUUGGAGGAGGAUGUCACAGAACUGGGCACUGGUCACUCCAGCCGUGGCAUGGCUGCCCUGUCCCCCACACCCACAGCAGUUCCUGUCCCUGCUAAUUGGCUCAUUAAUCAGGGCACUGAUGAGCCCGCUGUCCGUGACCCUGAGCUGCUCCCAGCCAGGGGCCUCAGCCAGGAGCCCCCGGCCACAGAGAGCCCCUGGCUGGGUGCUGCGGGCACUGACUCAGCCCAGGGGCUGCUGCUGAGCACGGAGGGGGCCGAGGAGCAGGGCAGGACGAGGGAGGUGACAGAUGGAGCAGCUGAAGGCUUGGGGACAGCGGUGACACUGGAGCCUGGAGCCCUGCAGAGCGGCUCCCAGCAGAGGAGGGGGCUGCACUCGGAUAUCACCGUGCUGGACGGCCUCGCCAUCGUGAGCGACUCCUGCGGCUCCGGGAACCACUCGGUGCGGCUGAGGCUGAGCCCUGCAGGGGACACGGCCCCCGGGCCCCCAGGCUCAGAGCCCUCCCAGGACACCUUCCUGGCCCAGGUGGCCCUGCAGGGUGACAGCAGCCAGGCCCUGCUCCAGCUCCACUCGUGCUGUGUGAGCCCCUCGGCCAGCGCCGGGGCUGCGGGGGCCCAGUGCUGCCUCUUCCGCAGGCUGCCCUUGGAGUGCAGACACAUCCAGCUGCUGAAGGGUGGCAGCUCCAGAGCCACCAGCUUCUCCAUCCAGCUGUUCCAGAUGUUGAACCACUCCGUGGCCUACCUGCACUGCGAGCUGAGGCUGUGCCUGCCCGGCUGUGAGCAGGGCUGCUUGGAGAGCAUGGAGCCCCUUCCCCAGCCCAGUGACAGGACCAGCCAUGGAAACCUGCACAACCUGGUCUCCCUCGGGCCUGUCUGGAGGAUGAACAACAGGUUUCUGUACAAACCAGUGGAAGGCUCUGCUCCUGCCAUGCUGCUGCCCAUCCUGCUGGGAUCCCUCGCUGCCUGUGCUGUCCUGGCCACUGCUCUCAUGGGGCUGUGGCUGCAGCACCGGCACAGAGCCAAGGCCAGCCCUUAUCCCCUCUCUGGAGAGCUGCAGGGGCUGUGA